UUUCGGUCCCUUCUUUAAUAGCAAGAGGAAGCAUUCUUCUAGUAGAAUACAAGGCUAAAAACUAUUUCUAUAUGUCUAUAGACAUAACAUAAGCAAAUGUAGUCACAAACAAGUUCAAUCUGCAGACGAUCUUCCAAUGACCUUUAUCCCUUUCUUUCAUGUAUGGGCAGCCGAAAGAGUCUUUGGACAGCUGUUGCUCCGUUUCUCAGCCUUACCCCCUUUCUUUUACGUACAAAUUAUUUGGUCUAUUUAAAUGCUAGGGCGCUCCAAGAAAAAAACAUUACCCCUACAAUUGUCUUUUGGCAUCCACCUGCUCUGUUUCUCCUCUGUUGUUAGUUGUUAACUGUUUUCUUGUGGUACUAAUGAGCUAAGCACUAUUAUCUACCAAAGCAGGAAAUUAGAGAGAAAUUGUCCUAGAAAUUGUUUACUAUUUUUCAACAGGGGCAUUACAGGGAGUUUGAAAAAGUUUUGUUUCAUAGUCAUGGAAAGGCUGAACUCAAACCUGUACCUGCAGAACUGUUACAUAAUGAAAGAGAAUGAGAGGCUGAGGAAGAAAGCACAGCUUCUCAACCAGGAGAAUCAAGCCCUGCUAUCUGAGCUGAAACAGAAACUCUCCAAGGGCAACUCAAAGGGAAAUUCAGCAAAUACUAUUCCUGACCUCAACCUCAGCUCCAGUUCUAACCCAAAUCCUUCCAAUUCUAGCAAACCCUGAUCCAGCAGGGUAGACAUGAUGACCCCACAUAGACUCCCGUUGCCUUUUUUGUGUAAAACCAUAGCCAAACAGUAGCAAUAGCUCCGUUUCAGUUAAAUAGGAUAGUACUAGUAUCUUUCUAUCAGGCUUAUUUCUAUUUUCAUCUUUCUUAUAUCUUCUUCUGUGGGGGGUGUUAAGACAACAAAAGAUGUAUCAGGCUAUCUGCUAGAAAGGAAUAUAAUAUAUUAUCAUAGUUCUAGUUUUUACUCUCUCUAAA